UCCUGUUUUUAUGCUAACCACAAAUCUAAAGGAAAAAGAUAUCUACAUCUCUAGGAACAACGGCGCUGCAGUGAGAAAGAUAAAGAAGAAGACGGCCAUUGUGACAACCCUAAACAAGCAUACCUCGCAACUUUAUUUUCUUCCAAUUUUUGCUAAGAAUAUGUUUUCAACACAGGAUCAAGCGGUAGGGAAUGAAGAGGUCGAUAAAUCUGUGGCAGAAAUUCCGGGAGUGUAUUUCAUUAUCGAGAAUGCCUCGUUUGUUGUGGCUUGUCUUUACAAAAAUUACCAGAUUUUGGAUUCAGAGGAGCAUGUUGAUUUUCUGCGGAGGAAAAAUAUGAAUUUUCCUGAUGAUCAUAGGCCAGAUAUUGUUCAUCAGGCUCUCCUUGCAAUAAUGGAUAGUCCUCUUUGCUUGUCUGGUAGAGUAAGCGCUGUAUUCAUCCGAACCGAUGAAGGAAUUCUUAUUAAAGUUGAUCCACAAGGCAGGAUACCAGAAACUUUUGGAAAGUUUUGUAAUAUGAUGUCGGAGUUGCUGCAAAAAUCCAGUAUCAAAUCAAAGGGCAAUGAGGGAAGGCUUUUUGAGUUAAUUCAAAAUCCUGUGACUCAACACUUACCGGUCAACUCGCUUAAAAUAGGUCUUUCGUUUAACUCGCCAAAGGCAGUUAAAAUAAACGACUUUGUUGCUGCUAACUGUGAUAAUCAUAAGAGUCUUGUAUUUGUGGUUGAUGCAAUGGCUCAUGGAAAAGUUGAUGCAAUGGCUCAUGGAAAAGUUGAUGCUGACUACAUUGAUGAUUUCAUAUCAGUUUCAGGUUAUCCACCAAAUGCUGACACUUGCCUCUAUCGGAUCUGCGAUGCAUUAGAGAGCUAUUGGAAGAUCUUUUAAAUAAAAGAUGGGUUUAAAGAUGUUCUUUUUGUGGGAAGUUCUAAUGUGUUCCCGAUGGUUGUUUACUUUGUUUUGGUUUCUCAUAAUUAUGUCCCUUCACUUAGAUUGUCCUAGUCGAGACAUGUUUGACACUAAAUGUGGGUACAUUUCCCCUUCAUAAAUUGAAUUUGGUUCACAA